AUGAGUCGUAUUUGCCCUUGGCAACUGAAGAUGAUGUUACUAUGGAAACGACUUCUGCUGCUAUCAAUCAUUGGUUGCCUUGCCGGUAAGAUGUUCUACUACACAUUUUAUUCAAGAUGAGGUAUUUACUGUUAUAAUCCUACAAACUCCUAAUCAUAUAUGAUUUUCCAUUAGUGGGAUGAUUAAUGUUUAUAUUAAUGUUAUUACUUGCACAAUAUUAGUAGGCCUUAUUGCUCUUUUUGUUACAAAUUAGAAACUGGUAUACCUUUUUUGCAAGUUUACUGCAAUACCGCUCAAUGGAGCACUGAUAGUUUGAAGUUGACAGUAUGACACUGAUGUGUGUUGUCUCUUUGGUCUCAUAUGGAAAUGUAAGAGAUCUCAUGCUUACAGUGUUGCCUACAUCAUUUUAAAGUGCUAUAUGCAUUCUCCAGAUUUGGCUUGAAAGAACGCUAUGAACUGAAAUGAACCAUUCUGUGCACUGACUACACAAUUCUACAGAUUUAGUAUUGCAUUACAUUUGAUGGCAGUCAGAUACCAAGCCUAGAUCUAAUCUUCUCUUUUGCUGUUUAUAAGAAACUGAUAGAGACACCCACACAGUAUUUGCAACCAAACAUAUCAUAUUUUAUACUGACAUGGUUCAAUUGAUUAGAAUGCAGUUUUUCAUUUACGGUAGGCUACUUCCCCUGGUGCCCUUCAGCCAUCCCUUGAGCAGCCUACUGCAUUUGCACCUCCAGGGACAUCUGUGAUUCCAUUCCUAUUCCUGUGUAUGAGAUGUCAGAGAUCCUUAUCAGGAUCCUUGGGAUGGAACUGCGCCUGUAUUUCAUCACAAUCCACUUGCCACACUGACCCUGUGGUCACCUGGGAUUGGGAUGAAAAUCUCUCUCUCACUCUCUCACUCUCACUCUCACUCUCACUCUCUCUCUAUCGCUCUAUUUUUCCACUGAAAGGCAACCAUAACAAAUAAUAAUUAUAAAUAAUAAUAAUUUAUUCAACUUUUAUAGCGCUAUUCAUUACAUUAAAUACAUCUCAAAGCGCUGUAACAAAGAGGAGGUUGAAUUGUUUUAGCUUGUACACAUGACAUUGCAAAUCCCAAUGUAUGUCAUUUUAAUUGUUUUGAAAUAGCAUAUUGGUAAUUUACGCCUAUUUCUCAAGGGAAGGUAGUGUAGACUAAAUCAGCAUAGCUAAUAUACCCAUCAAACUUAGCAUGUGACUUUUGUAUCAAUGGGACUCAGUAAAAUGGGGAAGGCAGCACUACAGGCACUAGGGUUGUAUGUGAAAAAGUCCAGAGGAUAUUGAGAUAAAUCAACCUCACUAGGUAUUACAUGUCUAAAUCAUGUUGAAACCAUUCCUUACAUUUUAAGAAGUAAGGGCCACUGCACACUGGGAAUUCAAUGUUCUUCAAUGAUUGAUGCAGCAGGGUUUGGAGACAUCACACUCGGUUGGCCAAAAAGUUGAAAAGUGUGUUAUUGAUUGGCCACUUUUGAUGGACUGCACUCUGCCUAUUGAUGCAGCAUUCCAACAACUAAUCGAACGUGUAGGCUUUAAGGAGCUCAACAAUCAACACAUACAAUGGGGGAAAAAAAGUAUUUAGUCAGCCACCAAUUGUGCAAGUUCUCCCACUUAAAAAGAUGAGAGAGGCCUGUAAUUUUCAUCAUAGGUACACGUCAACUAUGACAGACAAAAUGAGAAAAGAAAAAUCCAGAAAAUCACAUUGUAGGAUUUUUAAUGAAUUCAUUUGCAAAUUAUGGUGGAAAAUAAGUAUUCGGUCAAUAACAAAAGUUUCUCAAUACUUUGUUAUAUACCCUUUGUUGGCAAUGACACAGGUCAAACGUUUUCUGUAAGUCUUCACAAGGUUUUCACACACUGUUGCUGGUAUUUUGGCCCAUUCCUCCAUGCAGAUUUCCUCUAGAGCAGUGAUGUUUUGGGGCUGUCGCUGGGCAACACAGAUUUUCAACUCCCUCCAAAGAUUUUCUAUGGGGUUGAGAUCUGGAGACUGGCUAGGCCACUCCAGGACCUUGAAAUGCUUCUUACGAAGCCACUCCUUCGUUGCCCGGGCGGUGUGUUUGGGAUCAUUGUCAUGCUGAAAGACCCAGCCACGUUUCAUCUUCAAUGCCCUUGCUGAUGGAAGGAGGUUUUCACUCAAAAUCUCACGAUACAUGGCCCCAUUCAUUCUUUCCUUUACACGGAUCAGUCGUCCUGGUCCCUUUGCAGAAAAACAGCCCCAAAGCAUGAUGUUUCCAGCCCCAUGCUUCACAGUAGGUAUGGUGUUCUUUGGAUGCAACUCAGCAUUCUUUGUCCUCCAAACACGACGAGUUGAGUUUUUACCAAAAAGUUAUAUUUUGGUUUCAUCUGACCAUAUGACAUUCUCCCAAUCCUCUUCUGGAUCAUCCAAAUGCACUCUAGCAAACUUCAGACGGGCCUGGACAUGUACUGGCUUAAGCAGGGGGACACGUCUGGCACUGCAGGAUUUGAGUCCCUUGCGGCGUAGUGUGUUACUGAUGGUAGGCUUUGUUACUUUGGUCCCAGCUCUCUGCAGGUCAUUCGCUAGGUCCCCCCGUGUGGUUCUGGGAUUUUUGCUCACCGUUCUUGUGAUCAUUUUGACCCCACGGGGUGAGAUCUUGUGUGGAGCGCCAGAUCGAGGGAGAUUAUCAGUGGUCUUGUAUGUCUUCCCUUUCCUAAUAAUUGCUCCCACAGUUGAUUUCUUCAAACCAAGCUGCUUACCUAUUGCAGACUCAGUCUUCCCAGCCUGGUGCAGGUCUACAAUUUUGUUUCUGGUGUCCUUUGACAGCUCUUUGGUCUUGGCCAUAGUGGAGUUUGGAGUGUGACUGUUUGAGGUUGUGGACAGGUGUCUUUUAUACUGAUAACAAGUUCAAACAGGUGCCAUUAAUACAGGUAACGAGUGGAGGACAGAGGAGCCUCUUAAAGAAGAAGUUACAGGUCUGUGAGAGCCAGAAAUCUUGCUUGUUUGUAGGUGACCAAAUACUUAUUUUCCACCAUAAUUUGCAAAUCAAUUCAUAAAAAAUCCUACAAUGUGAUUUUCUGGAAAAAAAAAUUCUCAGUUUGUUUGUCAUAGUUGACGUGUACCUAUGAUGAAAAUUACAGGUCUCUCUCAUCUUUUUAAGUGGGAGAACUUGCACAAUUGGUGGCUGACUAAAUACUUUUUUCCCCCACUGUAAGUAUCCGAAACAUAACGUCUUAGGCUACCAAUAAAAACGUCCAAAAUAUUUUGAGGUUGGCACAAUGAUGUAACACUAAGAAAGCAGGCAGAGAUUAGUUGGUUAUCAUAAAUCGUACUGCUUCCAAAUGGAUUCACGCGGGUGCAAGCAUGUGACUGACGUUUCAACGUCACAUGAAGUCUCCACGCUUUUUGCAGUGCUCAGAUGCUUUUUUGUAGUGCCAACAUCGAAUUAGUUCUGCCAACAAUAACGUUUUUCAUGGAUAAGCUAUUAUAAUUAUCGGGGUUAGUAGCACACUAUUUAAUAAAAUAAUGGUUUCCUUAUCUCUCGUCAAAAUCGAAUAUUUUAAUGGCCCUGUCGCACUUGUACAGUGUAUUAACAUCUUGUAAUUAAAGACAUGGUUUUCAAAUGUGUCAUCAGUUUUUGUCACCUCUGUUAGCGAGUGCUGGCGUGUCACGAUUCACAAGUUUUCACCCUCUACCUGUUUGUUCAGACUAAUUUGUUAUCCUUAGAUGUUAGAUGACUGAAAUGUCACACAUUGAUGAAAACCAAUUGUUUAAGGCCUGAGUAUCACAGCACAUGUUUCUUAUCUUCUCCAGCUCGUGCACAAGAUGUCCUAUUCCAAGGGCCAAAAUGGAGGACAGAGCCCAGUGACCUCAUUCUCCCCAACAACUCCCCUGACCAGGAAGCCACCAUUACAUGUGAGGCAGAGGGGAACCCCUCCCCACAGUACAGGUACUGGAUUCCAUCUAUUUACACUAUAAUUCCACAAGUCAGUGUGGAACUGCCAUUAGCUGCCAUUUAACAAGUCAAUCAAACAGGAUACUGAUAGCAUUAAUUGUUAUUGAUGUGUAGAGAAAAACAUUGGGCUGGCCAUAUUUGCAGUAGAGAUACUACAAUAUCCAAGAAACAAGAUUAACCAGACAGUUAACCAGACAGAAAAUGAUUCAUAGGGCAUGCUCAUUCCAAAACCCACAGAUACUGUGGGGAGGUCAGCCAAUCAUUAGCUUAUAAAUACUUCAGAGAUGUGAGUGUAGUUAUCUUUAUUACAAAUUUGAUUUAGGUUGCUCUAGGAUUGAAGCUAAUGUGUGCUGCACUGCUUAAGAAAUCAUUAGUAAUGUUGGGAGAUUUCAGUGACUAAUUCUACUCUAGAUUCUCUGAUAUCCCUCCGGUUAUUCCCCGGUGGUGAGUCUAUCUGAAAAUGGCAUCCCGCACUGGUUUUGUGGUAGACUGUGUUUCGUAGCUUGGUCAGCAUCAUGUAAAUGCACAGCAAGCAGUCGAGAGAGGCAAUAACCUUGUGAGUGACAUUCCCUUCUUAAACGCUUACAUUUCCUCUAAUGCGUCUGUGCUGAAAACAUGGUCUUAGAGCAGCAGCAGGGGGUAUCAUUAUACGUGUUGUGCAAGCUGAGCGAUCCAAGGAUGAGCUGAACCAUUACAACUUGAACUGCUUGAAAAAGAAGUCGAGUGGAUGUCCCACUAUCAAACUUAACAAUUGUGACUUUUAGUACUGCUCUGACUAUUCAGGCUUAAGUGUUUCUGCACAGGUACAAGCAUAUAUUGUGGUUAUGAAUAUGUUGAUAAAAUGUGCUGUAGUCAACUGUGACACAUAAAGUGGAACAGCUCUUGCAUGCUGUGAGUAAAAGCCUCUUUAGAUGUUUAAGUGCAGCUCCAAAGUUUCCUGCAUUAGUAAAGUAACAGCGAUAUGUUUUCCCUGGUUUAAUAUUGGAUGGAUAAAACAUUAGUCAUCAUAAGCAAUAAAAAAUAUUACGAUUGUUUUUAUGCAGGCUAAUAACUUACUCCAGUUAAGUGUAUCUUAAUGAGCUAUUUCACACGAUUAAUGUCAAUUCUAAAAUCCAAUCCAAGACAAAUUAAAGACAAUCCAAGCUUUCAUUGUGAACAUGGACAGAACCCAAGUCAAUAAUUUGAAAAGCAGGACUUCAAGCCCACAUUUUAUGUAAGGUAUUUGUAUUAAAACAAAAUUAAUACAGAGCAUAGGUCUUAAUAGAGUAGAAGUGAGUCACUUUAUUAAUUAAACAAACCCCCAUGCCAGGGGAUUGACAUUUAUGGCAAUACUUUUAAAUAUACUGCAUUGUUUAGUCCUUGGACUCACUGCAAGUGAAGGGAUCAUUUGUGGUUUUAUUUGGUUUUCACCAGCGUAUGUUUGACACUGACUGUUCUUGACUUGUGUCCCCUCCGGCAAGAAGAGGACUUUUGUCUCGAUGAUUAAAAGCGAAACAUAAAUGUUUAGCAUUAGGCCUGCAUUUCCCUAACACAAAAAUCUCAAGACCUCAAAUACCCCCAAUGAACUGCCCUAGCUGUCCGUCAGAGCUGCAAAUGGCAAGCUUUGACCUCCCACAAUUCUGCAGGAACGCAUCAACUAAUACUACUCAGUUUCUUACUCAGAUCUAAGAUUUGAUUUCCGGUUCUUCACAUUUUCCAAUUCAUGCCAAAGUAACGAUAUCAUACCAUUAAAGUGAUGCUCUUUAGUAGUGUCUUUCAUUACCAGUUCCACUUCACCCCAAAUGUCACACCACUCCACCCCACCCCACAUGUCACACCACUCCACCCACCCCACAUGUCACACCACUCCACUCCACCCCACAUGUCACACCACUCCCCUCCACCCCACAUGUCACACCACUCCCCUCUACCCCACAUGUCACACCACUCCACUCCACCCCACAUGUCACACCACUCCACCUCCACCCCACAUGUCCACCACUCCCCCCACCCCACAGUCACACCCUUCCCCUCUACCCCACAACGUCCAACCCCACUCCACUCCACCCCACCAUGUCAAACCCAACUCCACCCCCACCCCAAUGGUCACCACCACUCCACUCCACCCACACAUGUCAACCCCACUCCAACUCCACCCCCAUAUCACACCACUCCACUCUACCCCAUGUCACACACUCCACUCCCACCCACACAUGUCACAACCACUACUACCCCACCUCAAACAUCGUGUUGUCUUCACCACCACUUCGCCCACCCCCACCCCACAUGUCACACCACUCCACCCCACCCCAUGUCACACCACUCCGCCACACCACUCCACCCCAACCCCAACCAUUCGACCCCACCCCACAUGUCACACCACUCCACUCCACCCCACAUGUCACACCACUCCUCCCCACAUGUCACUCCACCCCACCCCACAUGUCACACCAUCCCACCCCACUUGUCAAACCACUCCACACCACCCCACUUGUCACUCCACUCCACUCCACACCACCCACGUCACACCAGCCCACAUGUCACACCACUCCACCACACCCCACAUGUCACACCAUCCCACACUCCCCAUUUGUAAAACCACUCCACUCCACACCUCAUGUCAAAUACUACUGUUUGAUUUGUUACAGCAUUUUUAAGUCUUUGUUCUCACUUUGGUUGUCACAAUUGAUUUGUGUCCUUGUAAGUGACCCAUAAUGAACACUACUAUGGGCAGUGUGACUGUCUACUGAAUGUACUGCAAUGUACUGUAGAACAGAGGGCAUAGUGGCCAUUGGACAACAAUAAUAAUUAGUUUUUUAUGUUCCCGUCUCUUAAUGUGACAUCAGGGAGAUGUUGUCAUCAUCUCUUACUUUGUAGUCUUGUACUGGAAAAAUACUUCAAUAGCACUCAGAGGAGACGUUAGGCUAUUUGACUUUCUCAUUUAUUCUGGAAGCGAUCACAGCGUGGGGCCAGAGGAGAGAACUUUGCAUGCAUCUCCUGCCCUGACAAAGUCUCAGACUACUGACAUAUUAAUUCUUCAAUUUCAAAUACAACCAUGUUUAAUGAUGAUAUCCAGUAUUAUCUGAUGAGCUGUUAGUCUUAUUGUCUGACAACUAUCAGGGUUGAGACCAAGGGCCCUCUGUCUCCUGGUCAGCUGUGUGGUUUUUAAGGGCCAGGAUUAACUACACUACAUAUAAAAAAGUAUGUGGACACCCCUUCAAAUUAGUGGAUUUGGCUAUUUCAGCCACACCCUUUGCUGACAGGUGUAUAAAAUAGAGCACACACCCAUGCAAUCUCCAUAGACAAACACUGGCAGUAGAAUAGCCUUACUGAAGAGCUCAGUGACUUUCAACGUGGUACUGUCAUAGGAUGCCACCUUUCCAACAAGUCAGUUUGUCAAAUGUAUGCUCUGCCAGAGCGGCCCCGGUCAAAUGUAAAUGCUGUUAUUGUGAAGUGGAAACUUCUAGGAGCAACAACGGCUCAGCCGCGAAGUGGUAGGCCACACAAGCUCACAGAACAGGUCCGCCUAGUGCUGAAGUACGUAGCGUGUAAAAAUAAUCUGUCCUCUGUUGCAACACUCACUACCGAGUUCCAAACUGCCUCUGGAAGCAACGUCAGCACAAGAACUGUAAGUCGGGAGCCGAGCAGCCGCACACAAGCCAAAGAUCACCAUGUGCAAUGCCAAGCGUCGGCUGGAGUGGUGUAAAGCUCACCGCCACUGAACUCUGGAGCAGCGGAAACGCGUUCUCUGAAGUGAUUAAUCACGCUUCACCAUCUGGCAGUCCGACGGACAAAUCUGGGUUUGGCGGAUGCCUGGAGAACGCUACCUGCUAGAAUGCAUAGUGCCAACUGUAAAGUUGGAGGAGGAAUAUUGCUCUGGGGCUGUUAUUCAUGGUUCGGGAUAGGCCCCUUAGUUCCACUGAAGGGAAAUCUUAAUGCUAAACCAUACAAUGACAUUCUAGACGAUUCUGUGCUUCCUAUCCUGUUUCAGCAUGACAAAGCCCCCCAUGCACAAAGCGAAGUUCAUACAGAAAUGGUUUGUCAAGAUCGGUGUGGAAGAACUAUACAUAGCUGCACAGAGCCCUGACCUCAACCCCAUCAAACACCUUUGGGAUUAAUUGGAACGCCAACUGCGAGCCAGGCCUAAUCGCCCAACAUCAGUGCCCGACCUCACUAAUGCACUUGUGGCUGAAUGGAAGCAAGUCUCCGCAGCAAUGUUCCAACAUCUAGUGGAAAGCCUUCCCAGAAGAGUGAAGGCUGAUAUAGCAGCAAAGGGGAGACCAACUCCAUAUUAAUGCCCAUGAUUUUGGAAUGAGAUGUUCGACGAGCAGGUGUCCACAUACCUUUGGUCAUGUAGUGAGUGUGUGUGUGAGUGUGUGUGUGAGUGUACAUGUGAGUGUGCGUGUGAGUGUGAGUGUGUGGGCCUGCUUUUGCCUGUGUGUGUGGCCUCAGGGGAAACCAGGUGAGGUCUGCAGCUGGAGACAACUCUGAGCAUGGCUCGAUUCCCUGCCUGUAUUUGAUGAAGAGGCCUCAUGCAACAUUGAUGUAAACCUCAAGGUCGGCCAGAGUUCAUCCAGACCAGGAGCAGCCCAUGGCCUGGAGGCUGGAACAGGCUAGGACAGCCACAGCAAAUAAGGGAACCAUUCUCCUGAGGUCUUGGUUGUUUUUUAGUACCCUACUGUCUGGUGUGUAAAAUUCCAUCUAUUCACUCUAUAAGGUUCCACUAAUGCUAAGGUCCCAGGUAGAUUGUGACUUCAAAGUACUGUCUUGCCUUUAUUUGUGAAGCACUUAAGUUGGAGUCCUCAUCUGUGGUUGAGUUAAGACUUGAGGGGUCAAUGAAGAGGAGAUGAGACCAUUACUGUUUAGAAUGCAGAAAGAUUCCCAUGGUGUUGGAGUCGUGCUGGUUUUAGUCCUGAGCUGGCAACAGGUUUGAAGGCACAGGCUGCUAUACAGGUCAGAGCAGGCUGCUUGCAACAAUCAUAUACUCUCACAGUAAAAAUAUAAUUGGAGCCUGAUGUCUAAUUUUAUGUUUUUGCCUCCAUAUAUGAGGUUUUGCUCAUAACCUCACAGCUGAUAAGAACCAUUUUACUGACUGUUAGAGAGAUACACAUCACUGCAUAUGAUGAUGAUGGUGAUGAUGAUGGUGACAACUCAAAUACAAUAUGACUAUGCUAACAUGGAUACUUAUGGUUUGGAUAGUGGAUAGCAAAGGAUAGUUAUGUCCGCAUGGGCUUUAAUUGGUGGAGUGAUAAUAACAUCUCAGUGUGAUGACUGCUUGGUAAUUUGGGAAUUUAUUUCGUAUGAGGACAAUGUGUGAUUUCAGUUAUACUGGUUCAGGUUAAAUAACUCCACAGCUUCUUGUGUCGUGGUGAAAUGACACUAGCAGCAGCACUGUGGUCUACCGUCGUUGUUUACUCCACUCUCAUGGAAUGGAUGCUGUGUAUGUGACGGGAUUUUCAUUCUCUGUCACCUAGCCUUCAACCUCGGGGGGGUUUCAUACCAGGCCUUUUCUGGUGGCUACUUAGUGGUGGCAGGUGAGAGGUGUCUCUGACAGCUUGUCCCACUGUUCAAAUGGAGCUGAGGCUUGCAGUUUGAGAUGUUUGCGCUGCUACUGCUGCUAGAUGGGGUCGCUGGCAUAGUGACUUGCUGUGUCGUGCAUAGACAUCCUCACACCCAGCAGAGGCAGAGCCCAGCCAUCUGCUCCAGGGGUGUCUGAUCUGCUCAGCCUGCCUACUGUCUUCUCCCAUUAAGUUCAGAUAUGCUGGAGUGGCUGCGAAUACAACCAGCCAUCCAACCCCCUCUCCCGCUCCCCUUCUCCUCUUUAUUAUAAAUCAAAUCAAAUCCGAUCCAAUUUUAUUGGUCACAUACACAUAUUUAGCAGAUGUUAUUGAAGGUGUAGCGAAAUGCUUGUGUUCCUAGCUCCAACAUGCAGUAGUAUCUAACAAUUCACAACAAUACACACAAAUCUAAAAGUAAAACAAUGGAAUUAAGAAAUAUAUAAAUAUUAGGACUUAGAUUAAACAUGUGAGAUCCUCCUUCUAUAGGCUGUAUACCUACGGUAACAUGAUGGAUCAUAUCAACUGAGCCAUUUGGAACAUGUAUAAACAAGCUGUUCUUUUAAAGGAAAUUAAGAUUCAAUAAGUCAUCAAACUUCCUUGUUUGUUGCAUUCAUAUUUGUGCGCCCAGUAAACAUAGGCUUCAUCACACACUGUAACUUCAAACAUUAAAAAAAUUAUUUUGGUAUCUGGAAUGGUGACACAAUAAGUCUGAUUAAGUGAAAACCACACUGUGAUAGAUGAAUAAUGCAGUCAACAACAUGAAAGACAGCUAUAUCUUUUGUAGUCUGUCAGGCGGGAGUCUGGGGAGAGUCAUGGCUGGUUUUAAGGCUGUGUGAAGAAUCAUUUUCUCUGCUCGUUAGUUUACUGAAAAGGGGAAAAAUAUUAUAGAUGUAUUUUUCUCAUCAUUGGAAUUGUCAUUUCACGGUCCCCGAAUGGCAUUGUUCAAACUAGCUGGCUCAAAGUCUCAUCCUAAUCAUUCACCAUUACUUGCAUUCUUAAGUGGAAAAUAAUCCAUACUUAUCAUGCCUCUCAGCUUUGUUAAUUUGUCUUUUUCGUUUUUUGGUUUCUGUCUAACUUUGGAAAAACAAAAAUAAUUUUUCCAUUUUGUAAAUUGUUUAUUGCAGCAAAUCAUUAGAGUUGUAAACAGUCCAAAACAUUUUAUGUUUUACUUUCUUUGACCUCACUCAGUGUAUAUCCCUGGAUGUAUCUUAGCUGGUGAUUGAUUUUUUUUAGACAACUUGGAAAUAUUAUCUGUUUUGCUCUACUCAUGACUCAUGAAAUGUAUUUUAUAUCAGUAAUGUGAGAUGUGAAAUAUUUUGUAUACAAUUAUGUAAAAUAGAAACAACUAGGCCACAGUCUUUGAAAUACCAAGGCAGCUAGCUAGGCUAACCCAAUACACUAUGAAUAGUCUCAUGCUAAAAACACCAACAAUUACAGUGUGAUUAUAUCCAAUAUUUUUCAUUUGAUUCAAUUGUCUUUAUCAUGAGGGAAUCAUAAAGAUUCAAACUAAUGUUUUGAUAUUUCCUGUCUCGUGUUGUUCACAGAAUAAUGGCCACCUGCACCCAUCAAAUUGAUCCAUGUUAUAAAUGUUUGCGAGUGUACAUCUCCAGAGGCCCGGCUGCUGAUUGUGUUUGCGUCUUUCCAGAUGGUCGCUUAACGGAACACUCAUUGAUCUGGGGAGUGACUACCGGCGUCACAUGUCUGGAGGCAACCUGAUCAUUAACAGUCUGGACAGGGAUGAAGACACGGGGAUAUACCAGUGCACUGCCUUCAACACAUGGGGGACUAUCCUCAGCCGCAGAGCCAAUCUGCAAUUUGCAUGUAAGGGAUUGGGCUAUCCCUAACACAUCUGUGUGUGUGUGUGUGUGUGCGCGCAUGCGUGCUUGCACGCUUGCAUAUGUGCAUGCAUGUUUGUGUAUGUGUGUCUGUGUGAGUGUGUUGCUGUGGCUUUAGCAUUCCGAUUUCUUGUUUGGUUUGCUUCAAAUAGAUUUUUUUAAGGGGUAAUUGAAUGAAAUGUCAGAUGCAACAAAAUGGGUAAGGCAGCGGGUAAGGCAGCUUCUGACUCCAUUGAUUCUCAUUAGUCGCUGUGUUUCCAGCUUGGACAGCAUCUGUGCUCACUCGGUAUUGACUGAUACUUUGCCAAUCUAUGCCAGCGUCUGCGAUCUGGACUUGAAAGGAAAACAACACAAAUAAAGCUUACAACUUUGCAAACCAGACACAAUCAUUUAUGUGAAUAUGAGGCUUUGGCGUGAUUCCCUACCGUAUAGAGAGCCGACAGACAGACAGUGUAGAGACACCUCUCCCCUCUCACUGAUCAUGCCGUCUCACUAUUGACCAUGUCCUAGGGAUAGAGAGCCUUUCAUUCCCCUUAAGAGAUGGACUGCCUUUACCCUUAUGGGCUGGAUAAUGAAUCUCACUUGUGGUGCCUAGGUGAGGAGGGAAGCUGCUUGAUAUUUGUCUAGUAGUUGAAUGCACAGAGGUGGUCUUGGAGAUAAUUUACAUGGGGAUUGCUGCAUAGGCUGCUAGCUUUUCCUCGUAAUGAAGAAGCUGCCAUAGACAAGGAUGGGUUGCCUCCCCCAUUUCCUGUCUCCACAAUUAAAUUGUCAUUUUGAUGAUGUGAUUCUUUUUUGUGAUGUGCUAUGGCCAUCAACUUCAUCUUACUUUACAUUCAAUUUCUGAACAACUGUAAAACAACUGUAAUACAAGUGUAUCAAACACUGGUAGAAACCACACCAGGGAGUACUUCCUUUGUGGUAGAAAUAGAAUGAACCUGAAGAGCUUGCAAGGUGUUGGAUAGGAAACCUCUAUAUGUUUUUCCUGGCUUCCCUCCCGACACAUUCUUAUUGGCUCUCAGAGUUGUAGUCUGUGCAGAGGAGACAUAUUAGCCUAGAGACAGGGUAGAGCCAGUCUGCAGAGUGCUGCAUUUUAGCUCCAGUCCCUGCUGUGCCUUUCUGUGUGAGGGAGAGAGGAGUAGAGAAGGGCCUCCUCUCCCUACCGUAACUGAUUCCUACCUUUUAGUUCCAACACCCACUGUUUGAAAAUGAAUAUUAUCAUCAUGAUCAGCUGCAGCUGUGUGGUUAUGCUUUCCAACCAGCCUGCAUCACCUGUCUGUAGAUAGCCUAGCCAGCCUACCUCCUCCUGCUUUAGAAUCAGCACCAUGGCUGUGAGUUCUAGUUCUCUAUUGCUCUGUUAGAAGAUGGCCACUCACCUUGUGGCCUGUCCUCUUUUCCCAAUUUGUCUUAACGGUCACAUUGACUUUCUUUUGUUUGUGUUCGGGGCUGCCCUACAGUCAGUAGGCACAUGGGUACAGUGGUUUGCCCAUCACUCACUGAAACAGAGUAACGUUUCAUCAUCCCAGGUACAAGCUCAGUCUGGCAGCUUUUUCCCCUUUCAUUUGCAGGGAUGAAUUGCGCCCAGAGUAUCAAUUGGGAAGCUAAGUGCGAGAUUACACUGCAUUUAAUAAUGAUGUUGGUUAUUGCUCUUGGCACUGAAUCCUGUUUUUGGUCAUGUGCUCUGUGUUUGUUCAGUCCCUCCAAUUUCCUCCCCUCUUUGUUAUCCCUUUGCAAGUUAAUCUCCUGCUGCUACCAUAACAACUGUGUGUUGUGAGGUAUACAUCACAUACUCAAGUCCAUCAAUAAUGUUCAAUGUUACAGUUGCCUUUCAAAGUAUUGUAUAGCAUUGGGUGUGUUCUAAAGCAAUCAAUCACUGUACCUGUGAAUGGUUUCCUGCACCACAUGUAUUUUAGAGCUUUGAAGAAACCAAUGUAACUGAUGCAUGUGUUGGUGAAAAUCUAACCACAGCGGGAAACACAUUGGCUGAUACUGAUUGAGUUGUCAACUGUAUUUAGGCAUGAUGCUACUAAGGUUAGUGCUUAGUGUCCAUUAUGCUUUAUAAAGCAUAUUCAUCCAUUCUGUAGUAACACUAAAGCUUGAUUUUUGUGUUGAUUAGACCUAGAUAACUUCAAGUCCCAAAUGGCACGGAGUGCUGUCAAUGUCCGAGAGGGCCAAGGAGUGGUGUUGUUAUGUGGACCACCCAUGCAUUCUGGAGGUAUGUUUUUUCCUUAUUAGAGAUAUCUAUGAUUAACUGAAAAGGUACCGCUCCUCUGUAUCCCAUUAAAAUCUUUGAUGCAGUAUUUUAGUGAAUAUACAGAAGUUAUUCGGUGUGCUCACAAUCUGUUUAUUCAUAACACCUUAUUUGUUAGCCCUCAAAGCGAUCAUUCUAGCUAGCAACCUCAUAUGAAACUUAUUGCACACAGAUGUCUGCAGAAUAAAGCUGUGCUUGUUUGGCCUCUGUUUGUUUUUCAUUCUGAACUAUUUCCUUCAAUUAGAGGCAAAUCUGGUGGCAAAUGAAAAGAUUUUCCUCAAAUUGGAGGCUUAACCUGAUCCUUAGGCAAUACGUUCCCAGCAAAGUGAUUUUAAAACCUGGCUUACAUAAUCAAUUGUAACUUAUCCCAACUCAAAUGGAAUGCAGAAUUCAAAGGGAUGUUUCAAACUAAUUUAUUCUAUACCCUAGAGAAAAAACUAACAAAAUACCUUCUGGGAUAUCUUAUUUGUCUUUCAUGCUAUUUUCAACUUGUACAGAUGAAUAACUCUGCACAUUUGAGAUUGCUAUUGAAGUGUGUGUGAUCGCAACCCUACUCAAUUCAACUUUCCUUGGUAUUGAAUAAUGGACUUUGCACAUACAGGCGGACCCUGUUGCAGGACCAUAAUAUAUGACAUUUAGCAAACGCUUUUAUCCAAAGCGACUUACAGUCAUGCAUGCAUACAUUAUACAUAUGGGUGGUCCUGGGAAUCAAACCCACUAUCCUGGCGUUACAAGAGCCAUGCUCUACCAACUGAGCUACAAAGGACCACUACUCACUUUAAUGGGAUACUUCAGGAUUUUGGCAAUGAGGCCCUUUAUCUACUUCCCCAGAGUCAGAUUAGCUUGUGGAUACCAUUUUUAUGUCUAUGCGUGCAGUUUGAAGGAAGUUGCUAACUAGCUCUAGCUCAAUUGACUGGAAGUCUAUGAGUAUCUGCUACUGGCACUAACUGCUCGCGAAACUAUCUCUAACUUCCUUCAUACUGGACACAGAGAUAUAAAAAUGUUAUCCACAAGCUAAUCUGACUGGAGAAGUAGAUAAAGGGCCUCAUUGCCAAAAUCCCAAAGUAUCCCUUUAAACGUGACCCUUUAGAGGUUCCUCUCUUUUGUAUAGUACACAGUGUGCCUACAGUAGGUUUGUGUGCGUGUGUGUGUGUGUGUGUGUGCGUGUGUGCUUGUGCACGAAUCCGCGUGUGUGCGUGUGUGCGUGUGUGUGUGUGUGUGUGUGUGUGUGUGUGUGUGUGCACGAACCCGCGUGUGUGUGUGUGUGUAUACAGUCCUGUACAGCUGGAGGAGGUGAUAAUGGCCUGGUGAAGCCAGUGUGAAACACAAUGCGACAGCCUCUCGCUCAGAAAUGAUCUUAUGCCAGGCGUGUUGUUGUCACCAUAGUAUUGUGUUUUGUUUUGUUUUCCUAUUUGAAGAAGUGAAUAAGAACCAGUAAGCGUAGCACUGCUCUCAUUGCAUUGUGAAGCAUGAAUGUCACGCACAAACUUGAACUCGUUGGGCCCAUCGUUAUCCACUGACUAUAAGAAAACCCUGCAGGUCUUUAUUCUUUCUCAGCUGCUUCAAAUAUUGGAAUAGAUGUUCUCUCAAAUGGCACAUUAUAUCUAAUCACAUUAUAUCUACCCCACCUCUUUAAGGAAUACCUGGGAUAGGAUAAAGUAAUCCUUCUACCCCCCCCCCCCCCCCCUCUUACCCCACCCCACCCCCCAGAAGAAAAAAAAAAUAAAUAAUAAUAAUUGUAAAGUGGUUAUCCAACUGAAUGCACCAAUUUGUAAGUCGCUCUGGAUAAGAGCGUCUGCUAAAUGACGUAAAUGUAAUGUAAAUGUAUAGACAUGGCCACAAAUAAAAUAUUGUUGCUAGCAAAAAUGACUGCAUUAGGGCUCUGCUUCAUCAUAAAUAUAUGUUUAUUCUCCAGGGCUCAAUUAUGGGACAGUUUCUUUUUGUGUUGUAGCUAUGGCAUGUUUGUAACGUUGUGCUUGUUACAUAAAUAGCCAUUGUGUUCAAUAAGGAAGAGGUUGUUGCACUAUAUUUUCAUUUUCCUCUUGACUUGUAUUUGCUUGACAAGUGCUAUCACUGUUCAUUACGGCCACAUAGCUCAGAGUUGCUUCAUCAGAAUGAAUUGGUUUUGGCUUCAGUGAACCGACUGCCAAAGCGUGAUCCCAGCAGCCAAGGUUGCAAGUCAUUCUGCUCCCAGGGGGACAGGAGAUGAGUGACAGUACGUUGCGUACACACCUUAUAGCUCCCUACACACUCUCGCCUCCACAUCACGGUUGGUACAGUACCUCGCGCCUGUGAAUCUGUGCUCUCUUCAAGAUGACUCAGUAAUGCUGUGUGGCAGCGCUCUGUGUUCUUAAUUAUGCUAGGCCUGUUGGCUGAGGAGAAGCAUGGCAUGUAUGAGUCAAGCCUGGAAAGCCCUCUCCCCAGUCACAUUUACAUUUACAUUUACAUUUUAGUCAUUUAGCAGACGCUCUUAUCCAGAGCGACUUACAGGAGCAAUUAGGGUUAAGUGCCUUGCUUAAGGGCACAUCGACAGAUUUUUCACCUAGUCAGCUUGGGGAUUAGAACCAGCAGGGUAGAGGACAGGGCAUGUGUCAUGAGAGUGCCAGUGAGGUACUGUAAUCCAUUUAGUUUUGCUCUCUUUCCUUUGACGCUCUUUCUUGUGCACCAAUAGCUGUUCUGCUGUAUUCGCCUGGUAUCUACUUGAAAGGAAACUUUAAAAAGGAGAAGGAAAUUGUGUGAAAUGCUGACAUUAUCAGCUUAGAAUGUGUUUAUUUUGUUUUGUAGUACAGUAUUUCAUCAAUGGGAGAUAUCUACACUUAAACAUUUCGCAUACAUGCUAAAUGAUAUUUUUAAAUGGGCUAUUUUCAAAGUAGACUACUAUGUCUACAAACACAUUACUGUUCAGUACUACUGCUGUAUUUACCACUGUCACAUUCCUUUCCCUCCUAGAGCUGACAUUUGCGUGGAUCUUCAAUGAGUACCCCUACUUUGUCCAGCAAGAUAGUCGUCGAUUCAUCUCCCAGGAGACAGGAAGUCUGUACAUCGCAAAAGUGGAGCCUUCUGAUGUGGGCAACUACACCUGUGUGGUCAACAAUAGCAUCACUAAGGGCAAAGUCCUCAGCUCUCCUACACCGCUGGUCCUGAGGAAUGACGGUAAGAUCCCAUCCUUUAUGUUAACAGACACGCUGAUCAGACUGCACAAACUGCCCAGAUUAAGUCCCUUAUUAAGAGAUAGGCGCUACAGUAGGCUACAACAUCAAUAGUAUACCUCGCUCAACGUAUGAAGCAUUGGCAGACUAUACACAGUCUACAAUAGACCAUUCUUUACAGAUAUUCUAUAAUGCUAAUUGUACGUGGUAAAAGACUAAAAGUAACCUUGCCUCCUCAAAGGGAAAAGUGAAUGGGUCAAGUUGUUGCAGCUUGAAUAUUAGAUUCAGUCUGAAAAGAAGUCACAUCUCCACAGGAGAUGAAUCCCUACCAUCCCCUCCCCCAGGUGUAUUCUUCUUUGAAUCUUUAAUACACCUUUUCCAUUUCUCUCCCUCUUACCAACCUCUCAGUGAUCGUUUCUGUUCCACACACAAAAACCUUUGUGUUUCUGGGCACAUGUUAUUGUUGAGCCUUGUCUUCCAGGGCGUAAAGUGUGUGUGCCAUUAAUCAUUGAUGCCAAAAUGCUGUUUGUGUAUUGUUUCCCUUUCAUAGGAGCAAUGGGUGAAUACGAACCCAAAAUAGAAGUUCAUUUCCCUGACACUGUUCCAGCUGCAAAGGGAUCCACGGUAAAACUAGAAUGCUUCGCACUGGGAAAGUAAGUCGGAGUGAAUGUGCGCGUGUUCGUUUGUUAUGCAGGUCUUCGGAAUUAGGUUGCUGUUCUUAGGAUGCUGGAAUAUUAGUGAUAUCACUUAUCGUGUUGAAGUCAAGUAUCACAGACUCACAGAGGAGUACAGAAAGCAAUAGCACAUUGUGAGGAUGUGAAAAUCAAACGUCCUUUCAUACAUCCAGGAAGGCAAAGCUGUGGGAAUUUGAGACUGUGAAAAUGGAUUAGAGCCAGAUUUCCAGAUUUGUAUGGUUACAUUCAUUCUAAAGGCGUUGGCAGCCUCCUCUUUAGAGAAAAAUUGAAUUCCAUUACACAGUAGAAGAUUCUGUACAGUUAAUCACAUUUUUUUUCUCCUUGUGUUGCAGCCCAGUCCCAGAAAUAAGUUGGAGGAGAACCAGCGGCGUCCCAUUUCCCAGUAAGGUGAAGAUGAAGAACUCCAACGCUGUCCUUGAAAUUCCACAUUUCCAGCAGGAAGACACAGGGACGUAUGAGUGCGUGGCAGAAAAUAGCAGAGGAAAAAACACUGCACGAGGUCGUAUCGCCUUCCAGGGUAAGUGAUCCAUUUUAUAUUGAAGGAAUCCAGAGAGACUUAUGAGUCAAUGUGCUGUUGUAAUAGAUAUCCACAUUUGUAAAUGGAGGCUUGGAGUCCGAAUACUGGCUGUGGCCUCGGUCAUCUGUUAGAAAACCUGGCUGUGUGAAGUUUUAAUGUCAGGUUCACAAGUACAGUGAAAUGCCUUUCUUGCAAGCUCCAAACCCAACAAUGCAGUAAUCAAUAUCAAUGUAGCACUAAAAAUAACAUAAGGUAGAACAAAAACACACAAAAAAAUAAAUAAAAAAGAACACAAGAAAGUAGGAAGCUAUAUACAGGGUUAGUUCCAAUACCAUAUUUACAAUGUGCAGGGGAUACAGGAUUUAUAGAAGUAGAUACGUUUAGGGGUAAGGUGACUAGGCAUCAGGAUAUAUGAUAAACAGAGUAGCAGCAGUGUAAAUGAUGAUUGUAUGUGAGUGUGUGUGCGUGCGUGUGUGUAGAGUCAGUAUAAAUGUGUGUGCAUGUAAUGUGUGUGUUGGAGUGUCAGUGUAUAUAUAAGGGUAAUUUCAGAUAGUCCGUGUAGCCAUUCUGUUAGCUACAGUAUUUAGCAGUCUUAUGGCUUGGGGAUAGAAGCUGUUCAGGAGCAUGUUGGUGUCAGAAUUGAUGCACCGGUACCGCUUGACGUGUGGAAGCAGAGAGAACAGUCUAUGGCUUGGGUGGCUGGAGUCUUUCACAAUUUUGCUCUCAAUGGUCCAGCUGUAUAAUUUUUGGAGGAUUUGAGGGCCCAUGCCAAACCUUUUCAACUUCCUGAGGGGGAAGAAUCGCUGUUGCGCCUUCUUCAGGACUGUGCAUGUGUGAGUGGACCAUUUUAAGUCCUUAGUGAUUUGGACACAGAGGAACUUGAAGCUCUAGACCGCUCCACUGCAGCCCCAUCGAUGUGGAUGGGGGCGUGCUCCCCCCCUCUCCCCCCUCCCAUUUCCUGUAGUCCACGAUCAGCUCCUUGGUCUUACUGAUGUUGAGGGAGAGGUUGUUGUCCUGGCACCACACUGCCAGGUCACUGACUCCCUGUAGGCUGUCUCAUCGUUGCCGGUGAUCAGGCCUACCACCGUCGUGUCGUCAGCAAACCUGAUGAUGGUGUUGGUGUUGUACGUGGCCACGCAGUCGUGGGUGAACAGGGAGUACAGGAAGGGACUAAGCACACACCUGUGGGGCACCCGUGUUGAGGGUCAGCGUGGCGGAGGUGAUGUUGCCUACCCUCACCACCUGGGAUUGGCCCAUCAGGAAGUCCAGGAUCCAGUUGCAGAGCGAGGUGUUCAGGCUUGGUGACGAUCUUGGAGGGGACAAUGGUGUUGAACGCUGAGCUGUAGUCAAUGAACAGCAUUCUGAUAUAGGUAUUCCUCUUAUCUAGGUGGGUGAGGGCAGUGUGGAGUGCAAUUGCGAUUCCAUCGUAUAUGGAUCUGUUGGGUGGUAUGCAAAUUGGAGUAGGUCUAGGGUGUCUGGGAUGAUGGAGUUGAUGUGUGCGAUAACCAGCCUUUCAAAGCACUUCAUGAUUACAGAAGAGUGCUACAGGGCGGUAGUCAUUGUGGCAUGAAGCCUUAGAGUUCUUGGGAACAGAAAUGAAGCAUUUUAAAACAUGUGGGGAUGACAGACUGGGACUAGGAGAGGUUGAAAAUUACUGUGAAUAUGCUAAAUGAUCUGCGCAUGCUCUGAGAACGUGCCCUGGAAUGUUGACCUGAUUAAAGACCUUUUCUCACAUCAGCCUCAGAGAGCGAGAUCACCCAGUCAUCUGGGUCGGUGGGGCCCCUCACGCACAGUAUGGUGUUGUUAUUGUUGAAGCGUGCAUAAAAUGCAUUGAGUUCAUCUGGAAGAGAGGCAUCGUUGGGCAGAUCAUGGCUGGGUCUUCCUUUGUAAUCCGUGAUGGACUGUAGCCCCUGCCACAUGCGGUGGGCAUCGGAGCCUGUGUAAUAUGAUUCCACCUUAUUCCUAUAUUGUCUUUUUGCUCAUUUGAUGACUCUGCGGAGGUCGUAGACUUCUUGUACUUGUUCCUGUCCUCAGCCGUAGCCUCAGGGUUGUCUGCGAUAGCCCUGUGUGCGGUAGCCCUGACGUUUAGUUUAGCGCCAACCUCUGUUAAUCCAGGUGCUUUUGAUUGGGGAAGCAGCAAUCCUUCACUGUGGGGACAAAGUCGCAGAUUAAUUUCCUUAUGAAGCCGGUGACGGAGGUGGUUAGUUCGUUGAUGUUAUCGGCAGAGUCUAGGAGUCAUGAUCUGAUUUGCCAAAUGGCGGACGAGGGAGGGCCUUGUUGAUGCUUGCUUGUGGGUAGAGUAACAGUGGUCUAGGACUUAAUCGCCCCUAGUGGCGAGGGAGGCAUGUUGAUGGAAGUUGGGCAUCACGUGUCUUAAUGACGCAGAAUUAAAAUCAACGGCGACAAGAAAGGCAGCCUCCAGAUGUAAGUUUCCUCCUUGUUUAUAACCUCGUACAGUUCGCUAAGUGCCAGCUUGUUAUAUUUCUUGUCUUGAGGUGGGAUGUAUACAACAGUCACGAAAACAGCUGAAAACUCCGUCAGGAGGUAGAAGAGUCGGCAUUUGACCAUCAGGCAUUCCAAGACGGGUGAACAAUGGGUCGAGACUUCCACUGUGCUACAGUCAGCACACCAUUUGCUGUUGAUGAAGAGGCAUACCCCUCCCCCCCCCCCUCUUGAUUUCCCUGACUCUACUGUCCUGGCCGUUCGGUGAAUGAUGGAAUAUUCAUUCAAACUAUUUUUUAUUUUACCUUUAUUUAACUAGGCAAGUCAGUUAAGAACAAAUUCUUAUUCACAAUGACGUCCUACACCAGCCAAACCCGGACGACGCUGGGCCAAUUGUGCGCCACUCUAUAAUGCUGAUAUUAUGUCAGCGGUCCAUGAUAACAAUUUAUUUUCAGUCUUGGCUCCGUUGUCCUUUUAAUCGUCAUUAUGUCUUUGGAAUCCCUGUCCCUGACAUCUGCAUAUUCCCUCUUUUCAUAGCGAAACCCCAUUGGCUCCAGACAAUGAUCGACGGCGCCCUGUCCAUUGAGGAGAACCUGUUCUGGGAGUGUAAGGCAAACGGGAAGCCCAAGCCCUCCUACAGUUGGCUGAGGAAUGGAGACAACCUAAUGGCAGAGGUAUGUAUGGAGUCCUGCACGUGAAACCACAUCAGCAUCUCCACAUAGUGUGCCGUGGUUCAGGAUCUCUGAACAGCUGAUAGGUUUCAAAUUCAGUCAGAGUAAGACAUCAACAGAAAAAUGUAUCUGACUUGUUUUAGUGGCUUUUCCAACUUGAUGGCCAUGGGAAGAAUAGCUUAUUAGUGGUCUACUGGUAUUGACAACAUCACUUUCUUUGUUUUUAUUGAAGCUGCAGGUCAGCAUUUUCUACCCCCUCACCCUAUCCUAGUCCCAAUCUGAGCAUACAUACAAGAACAGGGUGCUAUGAAGUGUUUUUUCUUCCCCUCUCUUGUCUCUUCAUAUUGUACAAGUAAUUGCAUUUGCGCCUGUGGACAUAAGAGUCUGCUCCAGCGAUACAUAUGCAGAUCUGCUUGCUUUGUCGUCCACAGGGCCGGGUGCAAAUCGAAAACGGGGCUCUCUCCAUAGCAGCAUUAAACCUGUCAGAUGCCGGGAUGUAUCAGUGUGUGGCUGAAAACAAACAUGGCAUUAUUUAUUCCAGCGCUGAGCUAAUGGUGUUAGGUAAGAUAGCUUUCCUCUCUGAUUUUUAUGUGUCUAGAUUGCUGUGUGUUUGAUCAUAUUCUUAAAUAUAAUACUAGCACCCUGCCAUUGCCAUUUUCUACGUUCACUCGCAGCCUCAUUUGAUGCCACUUCGGCUCCAGAGUCGAAAAUAUGAAUCUGAUGGAGUAUCUUAUUUUACUUUCAUUCAUUUCAUCAUAUUGAUUUUGAUACUAGAAACACAUUGCACAGUGGCAUCAGAGGGCUUUCUCAUGUAGAUGACAUAUCGAUUUAUUCGGAGAGCUUUGCUGAGUUCUAUCUAUCUGACUGACCGGAUGAGAAAUCCAAUUCGGUCCUGCUAUUUAAUGACACUGGGGGUCUCCGAUGAUGACUGACAAAACGUGACGAUGACAGACAAAGCCCAACGUUUAGAGAAGCCCAUAGUGUGUAGUGAGGACUGGUCUCUAUGGUGGAAGGGGGAUAUGGCUUCAUCACUGAAGCCCUGGAGCAGUUCCUAUGGAGAUCAUGGUUUUUAUGCCAGAGGAUAGGGGAAGGAGGUAGGGAAUGAGUCAAUCUCAGGUCAGCACAGUUGAUCUGGGAGUUGGUUCAAGUUGUCUUCCUCCCCUAUUCCCCCCCCCCCCCCCCCCCCCCCCCCCCCGUGUCUCCUAUAGCAUCACCUCCCAGUUUCUCCAAGAAUCCACUGAAGGCCCUGCUGAAAGCUCGCUCAGGCAGUGAAGUGGCUCUAGAGUGCAAGCCCCAAGCCUCGCCCCGGGCAAUUAGCUUGUGGAAGAAAGGCAAUGAGAUCUUGCAGAGAAACGAGAGGUAGUGUGAAACCCAGCAUGAAUUCUCUCUCAUUCACAUUCAAAAAGGGCAGUUGUGUGUGAUUAUAAUAUUUGCAGACGUGUGGAUGAAUAGGAGGAAAGGCUGAUGAGAAGAAAACAAACCCCUGGAAAAAUGUAGAUAUAGAUAGUAUAUGUUGUAUGCAGCUUCUGUGCGUAUUGAAUGCUUAGCUUAUGCAAAUACCAACAUUUCAGUCAUUCAGGCUUUCAGUCAGGCUUAUUUUGUUUAAAUACAAAAAUUAACAUGCAGAUAACCAUCUCUUGGAUGAUAAGCCUGGGGAGAAUGAUUGGCAUUAGGACACCAAUUUCACAGGAAAUUGCAAAAUGCAAAGUCGAUUUUCAGUUUUCUCUGUUGGAAUACAAGGACAAUUUGAAAUGAUGUUGAAACGAAGGCAAUUAUGCAUCCUAGCACUUGGACUGGAUUCAGAAACGGCUCUUCAAUUAUUUACCCAAGCAACAGCUCAGAAUCUCUGUUACUUAUCCCCUAGGAUUACUCUGCUUCCCAACGGGACACUGAAGAUUGUCAACGCAACCAGGAGGGAUGCGGGGAGCUACACAUGCAUCGCUAAGAAUCAAUUUGGGACUGCGAGCACCACUGGAAGACUCCUUAUCACAGGUGUGGGAUCAUAACGGGUUCUCACAAUAAGCCCGAGGCAUCUCCCAAAAACCAUUCACUUUGGUUCAUGAUUUUAACGUAAUUGCAAUUUUUUUUACAUCAAUAGCUGUCCUUAUUGUCGGAUAUUUUGAUGUACUGUCUUGUACUGAUAAUUGUACUAAUAAUCCCAGCCUAACAUCUAAUGAAAGUGAUCGUUACUAUUCUGUCCCUACAACUUCAAUUGGUCAUUACUAUUUUGUCUGUACACUGUCAAGGUUGUUAUUUUGUAAUUAAAGUAAUUGGAAUUGAUUUCACUAGAGAGAGUGGUUAUAUAGGCAAUAAGUUAUUGUACCGCAAUUAAGUAAAGGUCAUUAUUAAUGGGUGCGGUGACGUAAUGUGUUGGUGCAGUUAUCGGGUACAUGAUUUGUAAACGUCCGUCACCACCUCCAUUGUUUUUCUCAGUAGCUUUUUUAGGUCAUACGCCAGCAGCUGAACCCUUUAAUCUAAUGGAAUUUAAUUAUCCUGACCUUUCCCUUACAAGGCUCCCGUACUCCACUGCAGCCACCAUUGGGAAUGUAUUCUGCUUGCAUAAUCCUACUUCAAACAUUUCGCCCCCAAAUUGACCAUGCAAAUACGAAGUGUCAACCAGAAAGGAUGUUAAAUGUUAGUGAGGCAACAAUAGUUUGAAAGUUAAGUUCUAGAAGCAAGAUACAUGUAGCUAUGGUGAUCCUUGUCAUAGUAAUAGUUUGAUAUAGUUAUAAUCUUAAACACUAGAGUUUGAGCGUAAUGGUUCCCACCCAGAAAGUAUUAAGAUGCAUACUAAACUGUCAUUGUCUGGACAGAGCCCACCAGAAUCACCCAGAGGCCUGCUAACAUGGAGAUCAUUGUUGGCGAGAGUAUCGUGCUGCCCUGCCAGAUUGCCAGCGAUCCAGCCUUGGAUGUGUCUUUCUCCUGGGCCUUCAACGGGCAGCUCAUAGACUUCCAUGGGGACGCCGACCAUUUCGACAGAGUAGGAGGGGUGAGUCAUCAUUAGCAGUGGACAACUGCUGUGAGGCUAUUGUACACUCUUAGAAAAAAGGGUUCCAAAAGGGUUCUUCAGCUGUUCCCAUAGGAGAAACCUGUUUGGUUCCAGGUAGAAUGCUUUUGAGUUCCAUGUAGAACCCUCUGUAGAAAGGGUUCUACAUGGAACCCAAAGGGGUUCUACCUGGAACCAAAAAGGCUUCUUCAAAGGGUUAUCCUAUGGGGAAAGCCAAAGAACCCUUUUAGGUUCUAGAUAGCACCUUUUUUUCUAAGAGUAUGGCUAAUUUGGAAACUGUAUCAUCUCUGUAUAAUAGGUUAGCUACCUCUUAAAAACAUAAAAAAGCCCUAUCGUCACAUAGUAGGCUACUUUCAAGAAGGGUACUAAUGAAGGAUGUGUUGGGAUCAAAUCUUAGCAGCAGUCUCAGCAUUGAAGUGUUGCUUCAAUAGGCUAUAUUUAAUUUCCAUUGUUUCAAGCUAUAUUGCCUCUUUUUCAAUUAAUCUGCCAUGUAUAUUUCGUCUCCCUGUCCAUCGGACAGCUCAAAUGAAUUGCGAUGUUAUCCGUAAGACAAUAUAAAGGUGAAAAGCCACAGUAUUUCAUAGGAGAUCAUACUAAUCCGUAAAGUGUUUCAACGGUGGAAUAAGCCUGAUCAAUUAAAACUCUUUUUACUUUUCAUCCCUCCAACUUCUAAUUUCUCCACCUCAAGGGAGAACGUUUUGUUAUCAUCUCUCUUUGCUGUAAUUGAAUUUGCAUACCUAUUUAUGAAUCUUGUACCCUGAAAUAAUUUUAUAAUGAGUUGGCUGGCAUUAACCAAGGGCAAGCCUUGGCACCUGUAAAAUGUUCAUUUCAAAUCCUCAUUCCUUGAAUUAACGAUAAGAGACUACUCUUUGUUGAAAAUAUGUGUUGAGUUUUGGUAUUCAUUUGUUCUGCACUUGUCUCUGCCAAAUUGUUUUAGGGAAUCAUUUUUCACUGUUUUAUGGAUUCACUCUUCACCCCAGGUUCAUUGUAUGGAUACAGUUUGAAAAAAAACUAAAUGAAUGGAUUAAAGUUGAGGUUGAUAUCGGAGUUGAACCCCUCCAAUGUCGUGGUCAUGCUAAGUUCACUCCUGCGUGGAUAGACAAAUGGCAAUUACAAAUGACAUUGACAUGUGGACACACAUAAUGAGAUACAGUUUUCACAGAUUCCAUAUCCCCAUGCCCAGGGAGAUUACCAGCUCUUCUCAACAGCUUCUGAUGAAUUAAUUCACAUAAUUAAACCAGAUCUGCCUCAUAGCUUCCUGCCUGCCAAGGCAUGGGAUUUAACCCCUUGUUCUCCAGUUAGACAGCUGCUGGCUGGCAUGUCAGUGGUAGACAUGGCAUGAGCAUGUUAGCCUGUCAGAGGAGAGGAGUGCCAUGCCGUCCCUUAGCUACACAUAAGUGCCGCUUUGCUCCGCUUGGUCUUUGACUCCGAGAGGUGAGGAUCCUCAGGCCGUUCAUUAGAGGGUCUUCACGGAUCCACCUGUACCCGAAUACCCGAGACCCGAUCCAGGUUCCGAGCGGAUCCGGAUCCACAACUCUAAAUAAUGUCACGGGUCUGGGUUGGAACUGAUAUGAUUGUCAUGGGUCUCAGGUAUGUGUCUUCGGGUCCGUUUGGAAUGGGUCUCUAUAUAAAAAAUAAUGUAUUUAUGCAUAUCGGGUCCGGGUGGGAAAGCCCCAGGUCCAUUUCGGAACGGGUCCAACUUUUUGGACCGAUGAAGACCUCUAGCGUUCAUACACAAUUGCAGCCAAGCCGAGCUGUGAUCACUGCCCAGUGAGUUGAUGAAAUCUGGCGUGACUUGAGUGUGACUAACCUGGCUAGCCCUCAGGUGAAUCAUCUCUGGACAAGCACACUCCAUUUUAAAAGGAGUCCUGAAGGAUGACAUGCUGUGUAUGUGUGACAGACCACUUCACCAAGUGAACAUUGGCUCUGGAUUUUUAGAAUGUGAGUCCAUCUCCCCAGAGUGAUGGGUAGCUUUGCUAUGUGCCUAAUAAUUAACUGCAGAUACAGUGACUUGAGAAAGUAUUCAUACCCCUUGACCUAUUCCACAUGUUGUUGUUUUACAGCCUGAAUUCAAAAGGGAUUAAAUAGCUUUUUUUCUCUCACUCAUCUACACACAAUACCCCAUAAUGACAAAGUGAAAACAUGUUUUUAGACAUUUUUGCAAAUUUAUUGAAAAUGAAAUACAGAAAUAUCUAAUUUCCAUAAGUAUUCACACCCCUGAGUCAAUACUUCGUAGAAGCACCUUUGGCUGCGAAUACAGCUUUGAGUCGUCUUUGGUAUGUCUGUAUCAGCUUUACACAUCUGGAUUUGGGGAUUUUCUCCCAUUCUUCCUUGCAGAUUUUCUCAAGCUCUGUUAAAUUAGAUGGGGAGCGGUGGUGAACAGCAAUCUUCAAGUCUUUCCACAGAUUGUCAGUGGGAUUCAAGUGUGGGCUUUGUCUGGGCCACUCAAGGACGUUCACAUUCUUGUUCUGAAGCCAUUCAAUAGUUGCUUUGGUUGUAUGCUUGUCCUGUUGGAACGUACAUUUUUGCACUCAGAAGCAGGUUCUCUUCAAGUAUUUGCCUGUAUUUGACUCCAUUCAUUGUUCCCUCUGUCCUUACCAGUCUCCCAGUCCCUGCCACUGAGAAGCAUCCCAAUAGCAUAAUGCUGCCACCAUCAUGCUUCACAGUAGGGAUGAUGUUAGACGGGUGAUGAGCAGCAUUCAGGCCAAAGAGUAAAAUGUUUGGCUCAUCAGACCACUGAAUCUUUUGCCUUAUGCUCUCAGAGUCUUUCACAUGCCUUUUUCUCAGGAAUGGCUUCCGUAUGGCCACUCUCCCAUAAAGCCCAGAUUGUUAAAGUGUUGUAGAGAUUGUUGUCCUUCUGGCAGGUUCUCCCAUCUCAGCUAAGGAACUCUGAUGUUCUGUCAGAGUGAUCAUUCGGUUCUUGGUCACCUCCCUGACCAAUGUCCUUCUUGCCUGGUUGCUCAGUUUUAUUCGGACGGCCAGCUCUAGGCAGAGUCUGGGUAGUUCCAUAUUUUUUCAAUUUCCCAAUGAUGGAGAUCAAUAUGCUCUUGGAAACUUUAAACACUCUAGAAAUUGUUUUGUACCCUUCCCCAGAUAUAUGCCUCAUCACAAUUCUAUCUCGGAGAUCUACGGACAGUUCCUUGUACUUCAUGGUAUAGUUUCUGCUCUGACGUGCUGUCAACUGUGGGACCUUGUAUAGACAGUUGUGUUUCUUUCUAAAUCAUGUCCAAACAAUUGAAUUGGACACAGGUGGACUCAAAACAAGUUGUAGUGACAGCUCAAGGAUGAUCAAAGGGAAUUGGAUGUACCUUAGCUCAAUUUGGAGUGUCACAGCAAAGGGGUGUGAAUAUUUAUGUAAAUGAGAUAUUUCUGUAUUUAAUAUUCAAUAAAUUAGCUAACAUGUUUUCACUUUGUCAUUAUGGGGUAUUGUGUGUAGAUGAAUAUAUAUAUAUACAUAUAUAUAUAUAUAUAUAUAUAUAUAUAUAUAUAUAUAUAUAUAUAUAUAUAUAUAUAUUAGGGCUGUCAAAUGAUUAACAUUUUUAAUCAAAUUAAUCAGAAUUUUCAGUGGAUUAAUCAUGAUUAAUCACUAUUUGCAAAUACACCUGAAUCCUAACCAUUUUUUUUCUGAAAUGCAUACCAAAAGAUAAAUAACAGGACACAGAUACAUAAUUUUCAUAUUAUGUCUGUUUAUUAACACAGCCAAAUAAUGGUGUUUUAAAUCAAGCUGAAACAUACUACACACCAUAAUAUUUUUCUUUGGCUGUGGCUCUUGACGGUGGCUUAUAGAAUGAGUCUUGAGACGCCACUUGCAAAACAUCAAGGAAACCUGAGUCUUCUACAAUGCUAAUGGGUCUACAAUCCUUUGCAAUCCAUUUUGCUAUUGUGUUGGUCAAAUUAUCUGAGGUUGAUUUUGUUAAUUGCCUGCAAACAUUCAGCGUGGUCUGGCGCAAACCACUUGCUGAAUCUGACGGCCCAGCAAACGCAUGUUUGGCGUUGACAUGGUACUUCAAGCUUGAACAGCUCCGGUGAAAUUGAAACUCCUUCUUACAAAUCUUGCAAAUAACCUUGUACUUGUUAACUGUACCAUCAUCAUUCUUUUUAUAUUUGAAUCCGUCAAUAGGCCCACUUUGCUCACCUUGCUCCAUCUCGCCUCUAGCUCCCAACCACUUUCCUGACCUGAAUAAUUUGUCACACUGCGCAUGCGUGAAAUGCGUUAAAAAAAUUGACGUAAUUAACAGCAAACAACUAAUUAACGUCGUUAACGCGCUAUUUUUGACAGCCCUAAUAUAUAUAUAUAUAUAUAUAUAUAUAAUUAAUAAAUGUUUUAUUCAGGCUCUAACAACAAAAUGCGGAAUUAGUCAAGGGUUAUGAAUACAUUCUGAAGACACUGUAAAUAUGAUCCCAAAUCAAUCACAUAUGAAGACAUUUUACUUGUAUCGCUCUUCCACAUUAACUUAUAUAACUGUACUAAGCCUCCAUGGCAGACGGGAAAAUGUACAGAAGCUAUUUCAUCACAUCUCGCUCAUCUUUGGGUUUUUCAACAGUUUAUCAGUUUUAGGAUCUCAAAGAGCACACGGUUUUAUAUAGAACAAUAUUAGCUCCUAGUCUGUGAGACGUAAUCAUUUCUUAUCUACUCUGGCUUAUGUAAUUAUGGAAUAAUUAGGAUCAUCUUGCCAAUUAGCCGGAAUGUGUUUGUCUGUUUUGUGGGUCUUGUGCGAGGCUGAGUAGGGGAACAUGCAGUGCCUGAAGGGUAGCUGACAGGAUUGUUUGUUUAGAACACAGCUGACGUUCUUGUUGGUUCCUGUGUGUCACAAGACUCAGUGGCCUGAGGACCACAUGCAGCUCUGUGCACAGAGCUUCCUCAAUGUUAAAGCUACAGUCACACUUAAAAAGAAAAAUACAUGUUCUGUAAUGUAAUACAUGUAUUUAUUAGUCAACCUGCAGUAGGAUCAUGCAUGCAAUUGCUCAGAUAGAAUGAUGAAACAGUUCAGAGUGUAUUUCCUUUAGAUUUCUGGAUCUUACACCAGAUAUUCUUGUUUUUGUGUUAUUGUUAUCCCUUAUAGAGCAUUUCAGGAGAUCUGAUGAUUCGUAACAUCCAGCUGAAUCACGGGGGGAAAUAUGUCUGUGUUAUCGACACCGACGUGGAGAACUUGUCCGCUUCGGCCAUCUUGGUUGUGAAAGGUAAGAGAACCGACUGUUAAGGUUGUAAGGGUUCCUUUAUGGAAUUCAAGUUGAGUUCACUCUGGCUAUGAGAUUCACAUUUGUACAGGGACUCAUUUCUCAGAAGUGAUGACUUUUUAAAAGUUCUUUAGAAAAGUCUGAAUGUCGAAAUACAAUAUAGUGUCGGCUGUGAAUGUUUGACCUUAGAGUUUGCAAUGAAAAAUAUCGUAAGCAGUUUGACAGAAUUAAAAUUGAUUCAUGGAAUAAAUUGGAGCUGAAAUUGGAAUCUAGAUGGCAUACUUCAUUUUAUAGGCCUAUAUGAAGAAUAUUGGUUAAUUAAACUUGCUGUCAAGCUACCUUUAUGACAAAUAGGAUGCUGUAUUCAUAUUUUGGUGUGAACUGUGCAGACACAUAUACAUCUAUAUAAUAUCUAUAAAUAUCUUACAUAUUUUGUUUUUACAUUUCAUGACAUGGCAUGUUAUACAAUGUAAUGAUAUGUGGUAUUUGUGUAAUGAGAACAUUGAAUUUUUAUGACAUCUUUUUGAAAUAAUUGAAAGACAAUAUUUGGCAUCGCUGAAUUUGAUAAUGUCACACACUGUGGCACUUGUACAUUUGUGAUGGCAGCUUCCACAGUGGUAGUUGAUAUGUUUUUGGAGUAGCGUAUCAUAUCUCAUCAUUGUAGCUUAUCUCUAGUGAUUUACAUUGGUAUGCACACCCAUAACACCCUGUAAUAGCUGUCCCAGAUGUUUUGGAAAGCCAUUGUUUAUUACAGAGAUAGCUUUAAUUGGCUCAUUUACAUAUCGGCAAAAUACAAUAGAAGCAUCUGAAUAAUGGAACAAUGGAGCAAACAACAACAUCAUGGCAUGCACCCAUCUUUGGAGUAGAUAUCCAUGAACACUCUCUGUCAUUCUUUGCCUCUCAAUGUUGCGGUCUCUCUCACUCAAUCUGUUUCUCGCUCUCUAUCUCUCUUUCUCUCUCACACUCUUUCUCACUUCCUCUCACUGUCCAUCUUUCUAACACAAGCAUAUGUUUAACAAAUUGUCCCCUCCCAUGUUCCUGUCUGGUGUUAGUGAUCCAAUGUUCUUAAUCACUUCUCAGCCUCACAUAUCACAUGUCUGCAUUAAAGGUCCCUGUGAAGCCGGCCCAAGGACACAGCCCUUAAUUAGAGGGAGUGUGAUGGCAUUGGGCCAGCUGUAAAGGCAAGAGGAUGAUGAGUUGGGAAUGGGGGCGUGGUGUUGGUGGUGCCUAUGGUGGGGGUGUUGGUGGUGGGGGUGGUGGUGGUUUUUAUGGUGGUGGUGGGGGUGUUGGUGGUGUUUAUGGUGGUGGUGGGUGGUGUUUAUGGUGGUGGUGGUGGUGGUGUUUAUGGUGGUGGUGGUGGUGUUGGUGGUGUUUAUGGUGGUGGUGUGUUGGUGUUUUAUUGGUGGUGGUGGUGUGGUGGUGUUUGGUUGUGGUGUUUUGUGUGGGGGUGUGGUGGUUUUGUGUUGUGGUGGUUUUUUGGGUGGGGUGGUUGGUGGUGUUUAUGGGGGUGGGGGGGUGGUGGUGUGUUUUGUGGUGGGGUGGUGGUUGGUGUGUUCUUGGUGGUGGUGGGUGUUGUGGUGUGUGGGUGUUGGUGGUGUUUGGUGUGUUGGUUGGUGUUUUUGGUGGUUGGUUGGUGUUUUGUGUGGUGUGUGUGUGGUGUUGUUUUUGGUGGUGGUGUUUUUGGUUGUGUGGGGGUGUUUUUUUUUAUGUGUUGGUGGUGUGCGGUGUGGAGGCUCACUUUGCUUAUUGUCUGAUUGAGUCAGGUCCCCCCGGGCCACCGGACACAGUAGCGGUGGAGGAGAUCACAGAUAGCACGGCCCAGCUCUCCUGGAGCCCCGGCAGGGACAACGGCAGCCCUAUCACCGGCUACAUCAUCCAGGCCCGGACCCCCUUCACUGUGGGCUGGCAGGCUGUGGACACAGGUAGCUUAUACACUUACCAUACAGUACAUAACAGAGCACACCAUAACAAUGCUUAUCCAGCAUGAUAAUAAUGGUCUACUUUCCACUUCCAGUUCCUGAGGUGAUCAAUGGCAACACACUGACAGCCACUGUGGUGGGCCUGAACGCCUGGGUGGAGUAUGAGUUCAGGGUGGUGGCCCGCAACAGUGUGGGCAUGGGAGAGCCCAGUCCAGCCUCAGCCAAGACCAGGACAGAGGAUACCAGUGAGUGUCUCUCCUCUACUCUCUCUAAAAUACAUACGCAGACACACACACACUAACACACACAUACACAUACUAACACGUACAUACACACACUAACACACACAUACACAUACUAACACACUAACACACUAACACACACUAAUACACACACACAUACACACACAUACACACAAAUACUGUAGAUAUACACAGACCCCUGACAUCUGACAUGAAAUGCUGCUUGAACCAGUUGCUGAUGUGACAGAUGUCUUGUGAUGGACCAUUUACUUUGGGCUGGCAUCAGGAUGCACAUGAGCGGUCCACAAAUCUGUUUUGCCACCACAGUGCUAUGCACGAAACCGUUGUCAAGUAAAAUGGCAUUUUCUGAAUAUUAAACUUAACGGCUAAAUCUAAAAAAAAGUUGUUUAUUCUUUGUGACGUUUGGCAGUUGAGUAGGACCAUAUACUCCAAAACAUGUCGGGUCGCUAGUAUCAAGGGAAAAGUUUGUGGAGUGUAAAAUAGAAAACAAUAUUGUGAAUGCAUUUUAAAGCUGUCUCAUGAGGCUAAACCUAUGGCAUAUACAGUGGCUUGCGAAAGUGUUCAUCUUCAAGGCAAAACUGCUCCAGCUCCUUCAAGUUGGAUGGGUUCCGCUGGUAUACAGCAAUCUUUAAGUCAUACCACAGAUUCUCAAUUGGAUUCCAAGACAUUUAAAUGUUUCCCCUUAAACCACUCGAGUGUUGCUUUAGCAGUAUGCUUAGGGUCAUUGUCCUGCUGGAAGGUGAACCUGCGUCCAAGUCUCAAAUAUCUGGAAGACUGAAACAGGUUUCCCUCAAGAAUUUCCCUGUAUUUAGCGACACCCAUCAUUCCUUCAAUUCUGACCAGUUUCCCAGUCCCUGCCAAUGAAAAACAUCCCCACACUUUGAUUCUGCCACCACCAUGCUUCACUGUGGGGAUGGUGUUCUCGGGUUGAUGAGAGGUGUUGGGUUUGCGCCACACAUUUUCCUUGAUGGCCAAAAAGCUCAAUUUUAGUCUCAUCUGACCAGAGUACCUUCUUCCAUAUGUUUGGGGAGUCUCCCACAUGGCUUUUGGCGAACACCAAACGUGUUUGCUUAUUUUUUUCUUUAAGCAAUGGCUUUUUUCUGGCCACUCUUCCGUAAAGCCCAGCUCUGUGGAGUGUACGGCUUAAAGUGGUCUUAUGGACAGAUACUCCAAUCUCCACUGUGGAGCUUUGCAGCUCCUUCAGGGUUAUCUUUGGUCUCUUUGUUGCCUCUCUGAUUAAUGCCCUCCUUGUUUUUGGUGGGCAGCCCUCUCUUGGCAGAUUUGUUGUGGUGCCAUAUUCUUAAAAUUUUUUAAUAAUGGAUUUAAUGGUGCUCCGUGGGAUGUUCAACGUUUCUGAUAUAUAACCCAACCCUGAUCUGUACUUCUCCACAACAUUUUCCCUGACCUGUUUGGAGAGCUCCUUGGUCUUCAUGGUGCCACUUGCUUGGUGGUGCCUCUUGCACCCGAUCUUAUUUAGUGGCUUCAUAGCAAAGGGGGUGAAUACAUAUGCACGCACCAGUUUUCCGUUAUUUAUCUUUUAGGAUUUUUUGAAACCAGCUAUUUUUUUCAUUUCAUUUCACCAAUUUGGAUAAUAAUAAAUAAUAAAUAUUCAUUUAAAUUACAGGUUGUAAUGCAACAAAAUAGGAAAAACGCCAAGGGGGAUGAAUACUUUUACAAGGCACUGUAGUCCUGUAGUUCAUCUCUGUUAACAGCCUUAUAAUUGCUCUCUUCUGGGCUUUGCCUUACAGUGCCUGAUACAGCUCCCACUGAUGUUGGAGGCGGAGGAGGCACAAAAUCUGAAUUAGUGAUAACUUGGGAGGUAAGUCAUCUGUCAGGUUUUGCUGUUCUCUACAUAGCCGGGUAAUGUUUUUAUUGUUCUCUACAUAGCCAGGUAAUGGUUUUACUGUUCUCUCCAUAGCCAGGUAAUGGUUUUACGGUUCUCUCCAUAGCCAGGUAAUGGUUUUGCUUAAUUGUGCAGAAUUGAAUGAAGCAAUAUUAUAAUCUGCACUAGAGCCAGCCCCUCUCUUCAGUGCUGGCCAUGGAGUGCCAUUUCUCCCUUCCAAUGUGAUUCAACUGAGGGACAGAGAUUGUUUCUUUGAAGCCCACUUCAUCCACAAUUAUGUGCUAAUGCAGGGAGAAAAACAUGAAAAAAUCAGUGAUUUCUGCUCAUCUGUGGGUUGUGGUGUAGGUGUAAGCCAGGGAUCAUCAACUAUAUUCAGCUGUUGGCCAAUUUAUUAUUGAGCGCAUGGUCAGGGGGCCGGAGCAUCAUUACAAAUAAUUUGUAGACUGUAAGAAGUAAGAAGCCCAAGCAGAUAUAAGACAGUAAGAAGCCCAAGCAGAUAUAAUAUUUGACUAAAACAUAAUCAUUUCAAAACUUGCUUACAUUUGUAUACGAUCACAUAUAUCUCUAUUAUGCGUGGGAAUACUUUGGAACAGAUUUUCUAAAUUAAAAUCACUUGGAGCUGAUUUGCUGGUGUUUUUAAUAUAAUAAUUUUUUGCUCAGAACACUUGGGGGGCCAAAUAAAAUCACCGCCAGUUGGGGAAUCCUUGUGUAAACACUACAUCUAAUCAUUGCAAUCACGGUUGAAGCCCUCUUUGGCAGGUGCUUGACGACAAACGCAGGGGUGUCAGUGUCUUGGCCUGUAUGCGUUUUAAUAUCACUAUAGUUUUGUGUUUCGCUCCCAGCCCGUGCCUGAGGAACUGCAGAAUGGAGAGGGUUUCGGUUAUAUCAUCGCCUUCCGGCCGCUGGGUGCCGUCACCUGGACACGAGCGGUCAUCUCCACGCCUGGGGUGGCCCGAUACAUCUUCCGCAACGACACUAUCCCACCUUUCUCGCCGUUCAAUGUGAAGGUUGGGGCGUACAACAACCGUGGGGAGGGGCCUUUCAGUUCCAUAGCCACAGUGUUCUCAGCAGAGGAAGGUAAAGGAAACGGCUGCCAGUGGAAGUCACACUCAAACAGCCCCUAAUCUUUUCAUUCUGGAGGCACAACCUUCUAAGUUGGUUCAGAUACUUUCCCCCUCUCAAGCUGGGAGUGUCAACUUGAUAUUAGUUAUUGCAUCGGUAGAUUACAGGAAAUCCUAGCAGACACUUUCUACAAUGGGCUGUCAGUGAGGUACUGUGUUAAUUGAAUUUGCCAUGCAGAUAGUCUUCCCGUAUGUCAGUCACAGAUCCCAAUAAAAACCAAGCAGAGGCAAAAUCUCUCUCCAGUGAAACUACAGGUCUAUUCUCUGCUUUCCUCUCCUUCCUAUUAGUGUGUUUGAUGGUGUUGAAUGAGUCUGUGGGGUUCUCACCAGCUCUCUAUUUCUGCAGUACCCAUUGAGGCUCCUAAGAGGGUUUGGGGCAGGAGUGUAUCUGCAGCUCAAAUUGAAGUGAUAUGGGAAGCCCUCCCCAUCACCCCUGAAAGAGUGCUUGGUUAUGAGGUAGGAUUCACUAAAUUUCCUCAAUAAAACAACACAUACACAUUUCCAUUUCUAGUGUUUAUAUGGAAAUCAGUAGCUUUAUUUCUUGAAAUAUCCCCUGGGAUGCUGUGUACUGUAACAUCUCACUGUAUAAGAUAUCAUGAGGAGUUCUGUAACGUCGACAACAUCUUGUUAAUAUGUUGACUCCUAUAUGUACUGUAUGUCACAGUAUUGCUUACACACAGCUGCUCUAAAGACCACCACCAUUUAGCUGCAGCAGCUUUUAAAGCCGGGUGAGAAAAGCUCUCAUCCAUCCAUUUAAGAACGCAAGAAGAGCUUUUCCUUUUCUCCCAGUGCUCUUUCAAUCCUUCUCACCUCUGCCCCUCGGAACAAAACCCUUUGGUUGCCAUGGCACUGGCUAUAUUGUGUUGAUACAAUAGUGCUAUCAGGUCAGCAAACAGGAUUUGAGAGAGAGGGGCUUUUAAGGGGGUAAGCUGUUACUAUGCAUCUUGAGCCUUAGAGGUUGGGUACAGUGGAAGUCAUAGGAUUUAGAAAGAGAUGACACCUUUCACAGACAGAUGCAUUAGUAUUGUUGGUGUUAGUAGCCAAACUGGCAGGAUAGGUAAAAACUGCUAGGCACAAUAAUAGGCCCAUCAUCUACAGUAUGGAUCUGUUUUUUUACUCCAGUACGGUAUAUUAUAGAGUUUUUUACGUGAAAAGAAUGGUAUCUAAUAGGUUAAUUUAGUUGCAUGGCUAAAACCAGGAAUAUAGAUGUGCCUGUCCCAAGAGCAGACUUCACAUUUUCUCUCUAAUUAUUUAUUGACUUUACUCUUGUGUCACUUAAUACCAGAAACAUGAAUAUUGAAAAUGAACCUAAGCUACUAGCAUUGGAUUAUUUCAUUUGCUUCAUCAAAUAUAUCUUCACCUGCACCGUUAAUUGAAAGCUAAUACCCUCAAGGAAAGUAAUUAAGUUAAAGAGAAUACAAUAUUCCUCCAUGCUGUAGCUGGUUGUGUUAAUUUCUAAGUACAGAAACUGUAUUUUAAUCAUUGAAAAUACAGAUUUGUGAGGGGAAUACAUUUUAUUGAACCAACAACAGGGGAUCUUAAACACAUUAUUGUGACAAGAAUAUCCCUAUACUGUGUCACACAAGCACUUUGUCAUUUUACUUUGUGGGUUACUCUUGGGUGCCUUUGUAGAAUGACCAUGGGCUGAUACAAUUGAGGACCCAGAUAUCAUUCACUGCGAAGCCAGUCCUCUACUGCACACUAAAUGGCAUUACAGAUUGAAUGAUGAGGAUGUUCUAAUAAUGUGAUGAAGUGAAUCACUUGUGAGAGUUAAAAAAAUAAUUCAAUUGCUCAUGUCUGAUAUCUCAAUCUCUUGUUGUUUUCUUUCCAUUGGUAAACAGGUGGUGUACUGGGAAGAUGACACCAAGCCUGACACAGUAGGCAAAGUGAGAAUCUCUGGAAACUACUCAGCGGUCAAUGUGACUGGACUGAACGCUAACACACAGUAUUACCUAGCUGUGUGCGCUUUUAACACUGCAGGGACAGGGCCACAGUCUAUACCCAUCAACGCCACCACCAAGAAGCCAGGUGAGUGAAUCUCAUUUACAUUUACAAUUUAGUCAUUUAGCAGUUGCUCUUCUCUAGAACGACUUACAAUUAGUGCAUUCUUCUUAAGAUAGCUAGGUGACACAACUACAAUUAUCACAGUCGUAGUAAGUACAUUUUCCUUCAGCUGUUUGGGGGAUUGUAUAUACAUUUUUACUUAAAAAUUUAGGGAGAACAGAAACUCAUUAUUUUGUAAAACUAUUCACGUAUUAUAUGAACAUCUCUCUGUUCCUCUCUCUUUCCUCAUCCCUUCUCUCUUAGCACCAGGCCAGCCUCCUUUGAAUGUAGAGUGGACCAUGAUUGGCUCUCUGCUCACUCUACACUGGGGUCCUGUGAUAGCCAUGGAGACAGAGGCAGAGGUCAUCGGAUAUCGUGUACGUCUCAUGUCACUGUGGCUCUAUUCUUUUGUCAAACACAACACGACCAUCUCAAAUCCACUCUUUCCAUCAUAUUGGUAAGGUUUUCCACAGGGACAAAACAUCCAUAGCUCCAACCAGCCAGCCUCACUGUACUGUCACCAAGCAUUAGGAGCCAUCUUAUCAUCCUAUAAGCAAAAUCGAGUUUAAAUUCCCUCACUCCUCACUGCUCAUUUCAGCCCAUCUUUCAUUUUUGAUUGUGUGUUUUGCAUUGCCGUUUCUAGGUGCUGUUGAGAAGACACCGGUACAAUGACGUAAACAGCAUCGUAACAAACAAAACCAGGAUGGAACUGACGCUGUCUCCCAACGACAACUACCUGAUCCAGAUCAAGGCCCUGAGUGAGGGCGGUGAAGGUGUGGGCAGCGAACCCAUCCACAUCCACAGAUUAAGUAUGUUUGCCAUUUCCUCUCUCUCCCCUCUCCACUUCCUGUGUCCCUUGAUAAAGCUUUGA